AUGGAGCGCUCUAGCUCGGCGCACCAGAGCCUCUUCCCCAAGGCGCCGAGCUUCACCCUAGAGGACUUCUCCGGCAAGGACUUCAUCGUUCGCGACUUCGUCGACGGUCUGGCCGAGAAUGCGGUCCCCCCUAAUCGUCGAUCUGGUCCGCCGCAAACCUCAUUCGACCCCAGGCCGAUGAUUCGGACCUUUGAGAACGUCCUCUCCCAGCUCGCCGCCCUCGGGGACGAGCUCCAGGAGAAGGAGUCGGGUCUGCUGUCGCAAGUUCGCCGGGCCGAAGUCCAGCACGACCAGACGCUCGACACGCUCGGCCGCAAGCUCGACCAGACGAUGACCUCGUUCGAGGCACUCGACGUCUCCCUCAACGCGAGCAACUCCACCGCACUCGACGCGAACGGCAGGUCCGACGGUGGAGGAAACUUUGCCGUCCAGGUUGGCGAGAAGCUGAAGGAGCUCGACCGGAAGCGAAGCCAGACGCGAGACGCCAUCUUCCUCGUGCAGUGCUGGAAUGAGAUCACCGAGACGGGUCAAGUCGCUUCCCUCGAAGACAUUCGGCGCCAGGGCGGUGCCGAGAACAAGGUCCGGGUCGCCGUCAUUGCCCGGCAGUUGAUGAGGAUCAGUCAGCAGCUGGAUCCAGCUUCCUGGGGCCAGGCGAACGGAUAUCGAAACGGCACGGCAAGCAGCAAAGCCGCGAGCCCGACAAGGGCCCACAACUCACGGGAAACGCUCGAAAAGUUCUGCGAGACGCUCGAGCAGGAUCUUCUGAAGCAGUUCAACAACAGCUACAGGCGGCAGAACUUCGAGGACAUGAUGGAGUGCGCCAAGGUCCUGCACGACUUCAACGGCGGGGCGAGCGUCAUCGCCAUCUUUGUGAACCAGCAUCAGUUCUUCAUCGACCGCGAUCAGCUCAUGAACGACGAGGUCACGGCCGACGGCGACGUCUGGGAUGCCCUGGCCGACCCCGACUCCGACCCUCCCGGCGUGGAGCCGAGUCUGCAGUCCUUGAUCGACGAGGUCAGGAUCGUGAUGCAGGAGGAAUCCUUCAUCAUCAAGCGCGCCUUUCCAUACUACGAAACCGUUCUCGUCAAAUUCAUCCAGCGCGUCUUUCAGCAAUCCAUCCAGCAGCGGCUCGAAAAGGUCCUCGACAAAGCCGAGACGAUAUCGACGCUGGCCUUCCUGAGAUCGCUGCACUCGUCGAGAAGCUACAUCGGCGCCCUUGUCGAGGACCUCAAGACGCACGGCCUCACAGAGAACCCGGAGCCCUGCUCGGCGCAGAUUGCCCAGGCGUUGGAGCAGCAGCUGGACGAGCUGUUCGUCCCCUACCUCGUCGGCAACACGUACAUCGAGCGCGAGAGGAAGAGCCUCGAGGAGAUGUACAGCUCCCUCCUUUUCCGCUUCACCAUCUAUCACUCGCGACGCAAGAAGGCGUCGACGGGUUUCAUGGCCUCACUGGCCCAACAGGGUACCCAGCUCAUUGCCGCCGCCAAGGAUGCCUAUCUCGAGCGGCUCGAGUCCUCGGAUCUUACGGAGACCCAGAAGAGGGUGAUGCUGCGUGUCGCCGGCCUCAAGGACAAGGACAACAAAAACGAGGUCGAGGUGUCGGAGGAGGACGGCGCGUUGAGCGUGGCCAACGCCAAGAGAAUGCUCAAGUGGCUUGCCGAGAGCGUGCAGAGGACGCUCGAGCUCGGGUCGCAGGCGGACACGCCCAAGGAUAUGAACGUUCUCCUGAACCUGCUCCUCACGAGCAUGGGCCAGGUGUACAUCCAGACUGCGCUGGACGCGGCGCAGGUGCAGGCGACGAUGCUGGAGAGCGCCAAGGCCGAACCGGACCUGUCCUACAUGCCAACGACACGGCCGGCGGUGACGGUUUCGGCCAUCAUGGACCGCUUCAUCACCGUCGUGCUCAUCCGUCUCGCCGAGUUGAACACGCCGGUGCGGAAAAACAUGGAGGCGCAGAAGAAGGCGGCGAUCGACUCCAUUGAGAAGAAGACAAAUGCCGUGAUGAGCUCGUCGAUCGAGGUCGCCACCAACUGGGUCUCCAAGUCGCUCAGCGGUCAGAAAAAACAUGAUUUCAAACCCAAAGACGUCGAGCUCGAGUCUCUCCAGACACCGACCUGCCUGAGCAUUUGCACCUUUCUCGGCCGAGCAAGCAAGCACGCCGCCCAAGCGUUGGACGGGCAGAACGCCGAGAGGUUUUUCAGCGAGCUGGCUCUCGCCAUUCACCACCUGCUCUUUGACCACUUCAAAAAAUUUCCCGUCAACGCCACGGGCGGGCUCAUGGUCACGCAGGAUAUCGCCAAGUACGUCGCCACGAUGCGGGACUGGCCGCUCGGCAACGACGUCGCGGGCGCUGUCGAAAUGUUGACCGAGAUCGGCUCGCUCUUCAUCGUCGGCCCCGAGGCUUUGAGGGAACGGUCGAGAACCCUCGUGCCGGGACAGACGGGCGCCAAGGGAAAGUUGUCCAAGGGAGACUUUCGAGCCUUUGUGCAGCGGAGGGAGGACUCUGGGACGGUGGGCAUCCAGAGUGUCCUAGGUGGUCUUUGA